UGUGUGUGUGUGUGUGGGGUCUUUAUUUCAGACCGAGGAAAACGACAGUAAACAUCGUAACUCAUGGGUUCGAACAAUUCUCAGCCCAAGUUGUUUCCGGGCGACAUCGUGGAGUUCCCACGGAACAAAUACUUCUCUCAUUUUGGAAUUUACUAUGGAGAAAGAGACGGCGUUCCGUACGUGGCUCACCUCACCUGUCGAGAUUCCGACGCCAAACUCCUGCUCUUUGGUCGAGCUCUGAGGUCAAAUGUGAGACUGGACCCUCUGGACCUGCUGGGGAAAGAAUACAAGGUCAGUAACAUGUUGGACGACUCGUUCUCUGCGAGGGAUUUCCACGACGUGGUGAAGCCGGCCAUCGACAACCUGCUGGGCACAGACGUGACCUUUGACAUCCUGUUCCACAACAGCGAGCACCAGGCCACGCUGCUCAGAUACGGAGUGAAGCGGUCCCAGCAGAUAGAGAGAAUCUACAAACACAUCAUGCGGGCCUGGAAGAAGCCGUUUGAGAAAAAGGAACUGUGAGACUUGACCUCUACCACCAGAGGGCGACAUUGUUCUCUUGUACGUCAGUUAAAGUUGUGACUGAUGUUGACUUGGAACUUUUACACUUUUAUAUAUAUAUAUAUAUAUAUAUACAGUAUAUACAUGUAUGUGUACGUAUGAAAGUGAACAUGAGAUACUGUCAUUCUGAAUUCAAGCUAAAAAAAUGUUAAAAGUCCUAUAGUCACCUUUUAAUUGAAAAAAAUUGAGAUGUAAUAAAAACAAAAAGACGAGGUUGUGUUCUGCACAUUGACUGUAGACAGUCACAGAAGUGAAGGUUAAACGUAGUGUUUGCAUUUUUUAAUUUGUAUUUUAAUCUUUGUAACUUCCUGUUUGUGUCUUCGUACAUUUUCUAUGAAAAAAAAACCCUGCUCCAAACUCAUUUAAACGGCGUUGUUUUCA